CUGGUUGUUUCCCCGACGCGAGUAACCUCGACGAGCACAGAACGCCGCCCGCCGCCCGCCGCCGUCGUUCGCUGGGUUUCCUCGCCUCGCACCGUCGCACGCUCGUGCGGCCCCAGCCAACGAAGCAGCCAGCGCUCCCCGCCCCCGCACGAAGCUAGGGUUACUGUCGCCGCCGCCCCUCCUCCGGCGCGGCGCCCUCCGCCCCUCCAGGCUUCCCCUAGCCCCGCCCGUCCCCUACCUCCGGCCCUCCGGCCUUCCCUCCCGCGCCCGGUCCUCUCUCCUGCACCGCCAACCAGAGGAGAGGAAUUCGGCUGACUUCUCCAAUCAGAGCAUUGCAGAGGGAAUAUAGUAAUGGAGUUGAUAAAUGCUAACCCUGUGAUUCAUGAGAAAAGAGAGAGGCGCGCCCGGCAGGCACCAGAAAACAUAGAUGAAAAUGCACCAGAGGCCAUAGACCAGCUUGAAAUAUUUGAUCAUAUUAGAGACAUAAAGGACCCAGAACAUCCAUACUCAUUGGAAGACCUUAAUGUGGUAAAUGAAGACUCGGUCGAAAUCAAUGAUGAACUUAGUCAUGUCAGGGUUACUUUCACCCCAACAGUGGAGCAUUGCAGUAUGGCCACUAUCAUUGGCCUUUGCUUACGUGUGAAGCUCAUGCGGAGUCUUCCACCUCGUUACAAGGUGGACAUACGGUUGACGCCUGGAUCACAUGCAACUGAAGCUGCCGUGAACAAGCAACUGAGCGACAAAGAACGUGUUGCGGCCGCGCUGGAGAAUUCAAACCUGCUGGACAUAGUCGAGGAGUGCCUGUCACCGACGCUCGGCUGAGACCUGAGUAGGAUGUAAACCAGUGCGUGGAUACAUUUCCAGACCACAAGAGAUUCCAUACACUACGCCGUUCACCAUAUUAUUACUUUGAUAUUGAAGAAGAAUUCUUUAAUUAGGUGGCACAGGACGUGUGCAUGAAUUUUGAGGCCCUGCGCCUCUCUGUAAGCACGUUGCUGCCGCUUAAGCUCUCGUAUCGUAGUAGUAGUAUGUAGGUUGUCGAGUGCUGCUAUUUUUUUUUUGGAGGAACUGGGUGCUGCUAUGUUUUUGUACGGUCCUGAUUGUACAUCGAGGGAUGUAGUGUGGUGAUCCGUGCUGUAAAAUUUUGUCAUGUUUACGGAAAAGGGUCUAAGUUUAUCCUUUUUCUUAA